GCGCCGGCACGGCGACGCUCCGCACCCUGAGCAUCCUCCUGAGCCUCCUGGUCCCCGCUCACACCACCAGGGCACCGGACUGCGGGGGCAUCCUCACCCCAUCAGGACUGAGCUACCUUGCUGAAGUUUCAAAGCAUCAUGUGGAGACAGUCCUCAGGCAGGACCUCACGGCCCCGACAGUCCCAGACCCGUCCCUCGGCUCCCCAGAGCCCAGCAGCCCCGACACCGGGCUGCGGCUGAGCAUCGAUGCGGACCUCGGCAUCACACCCGACCCCUCGACCACCGAGGUGAUGAGACUGUCCAUCCUGGCGGACCUCCACGUGGAAAUGAACCCCGAAGGGAACCUGGAGCUGGUGGCCUCUGCCUGCAAAGCCACCUUGGAGGAGAUACAGAGCACCGAGGAGUUGGAAAGCAAGUCCUCUAGUUCAGACGUGGACAAGGAGAUUAACAUCGAUAAGAUUUGCCUGGAAGUCUCCAAAUUGCUCCUUUCACCAAACGAACAGCUGAUGUCUCUGACAGCUCAGUUCCCCGUCACACCGAGCUGCCAGGUCCAGUACCUGCCCCUGGCUGCACCCGUGUUCUCCGAGCAGGGAAUCACUGUGUCCUUGCAGACGACUUUCCAGGUGGCGGGGGUGGCGAUCCCGCUGCCAGUCAGCCCCGUGCCGUUCAGCAUGCCCGAGCUGGCGAGCUCCAGCCCUUCCCACCUCACCCUGGCUUUCUCUGAACACUUCUACACCAGCCUCUUCUCUGCCUUGGAAAUAGCUGGAGCCUUCAACAUGACCAUCCCGAGCCUGCUGACCACCACCACCACGGCAGAGAAGAUUACUCAGAUGGGCUCGCUCUUCCAGGAGGACCUACCAGUGGUACUGCAAGCCGUGGUGAGGAGCUCGCCCUGGGUGGUGCUGGAGGAAGGCAAGGCAGCCCUGAAGCUCUUCCUCACCAUCCACGUCGGGGCGGGAUCGACAACUUUCCAGAGCUUCCUGAGUGUGAACGUGGAUAUGUCUGCAGGACUCCUCCUUAGCGUCGCCGACACAAGGAUGAUGAUCUCUGCAGCAGUGAUAGAGGAUGUCGAGCUCAGCCUGGCUGCCUCCGACGUGGGUCCUGUGUCGGCUGCCUUACUGGAGGAGUUAUUUCUGCCCACCAUCCGUGAGGAGGUACCGGCGCAGGUGAACGCGGUCCUGAGCGACGGCGUAUUCCUGCCCCACAUCUCCAGCUUUACCUACGCUGACGUCAACGUCGUGAUUCACAAGGACUAUGUCUUGGUCCCCUGCAACCUCGAGCUGCGGGCGAGGAGUGGAGAGCAGACCACGACGGGCUGA